AUGAAUCAUAUCUUCAAGCCUUACUUGGAUGAGUUUGUAGUGGUAUUUAUCGACGAUAUCCUCAUUUAUUCAAAAGACGUAGAAGCUCAUGAGAAUCAUCUCCGAAUAAUUCUUCAGACACUCCGAGACAAGAAACUGUAUGUAAAGUUAAAGAAAUGUGAGUUUUGGCUGCAUGAGGUGGGGUUCUUGGGACAUGUGAUAAUGAAGGAAGGUGUUUCCGUCGACCCGCACAAGAUUGAAGCAAUCGUAAAUUGGCCAACCCCUACUAAUGUGACCGAGAUCCAUUACCAUCCCAGUAAAGCCAAUACGGUUGCAGACGCACUUAGUCGAAAGGGUAUGGGGCAUUUGGAAAAUUUGAUCACGGGGCGAAAGGAAUUGUCACUUGAAUUAAAAAUGAUGAACAUAGACAUUGUAAUGCAUGAACGGGACGCUAUGGUGGCAGCAAUGACAGCCCAACCAACUUUAGUUGAGGAAAUCCAACAACAGCAGUUGGAAGAUGAAUUCUUAAGGAAGAUCAGUGAUGAUAUAGUAACAAAACCAAGGCCUGGAUUCGAUCUUUAUAACGCGGAUAACCUUGCUGUGAUUUACGUGAACGAAAUUGUAAGACUCCAUGGUGUUCCAGUUUCGAUUGUGUCAGACAGAGACCCAAAAUUUAUAUCUAGAUUUUGGCAAAGUUUACAGAAUGCUAUGGGGACAGAGUUAAAGUUUAACACAACUUUUCACCCUUAG